AUGGAUUAUAAGUUUAUUUUAAAAAAACAAGAACUAUAUGUCAGUAUCGACAUGAACAAUGAGGUAAUAGAAGGAAAUACUAUCAUGAAUAUAUCACUUAAUUUGCCUAUUUAUUAUUUAUAUGAUGAAAUUGAUUUUUUGAAGAAUAAUUUUGAUUUAAAAAGAAUAAAAAUUAUCAAAGAAGAAAAAGAAAAUAAAAGAAAUUUGAAGGAAAUAUUAUUAGAAGAUGACGAAUCUUAUAUCAAUUUUCGAAAAAGAAAAAAAGAAAGGAAAAUAUUUAUGGUUCUUCAUAUUCCUAAUAAUAUUCAUUCAAGUAAGUAUUCUGAUAUUAAAUUAAAUGAAAAAGAUGAAAACAGAUAUUACAUAAUAUAUAAUAGUUUACGAGAAAAUUUACACAUUCCUGAAAAAAAAAACAAGAAUAAUGAUUUUGAUAAUAAUAGAAAUAAAAAAGUUUUAUCAAAAAAAAAAAAAUAUAUAAAAUCAAUUAAAUUAAAUAAAAAUAAAAAAGUAACUUCCUCAUUACAAGAAAAUGAUUCUAACUAUAGCAAAGAUUAUUAUUUAAAUAAAAGAAACUCAUUGAAAAGUAAAAUAAACUACAAUGGUUGUGUAACAUAUAUCUCAAACAAUGAAGAAAGAAUAAAAAGUGAAGAACAUAUUCCUAGUGAAUCUGAAAAUAUAAAAUCUUUUGAAUGCUACAACAUUAAAUCUGAAAAAAAAAAAAGUAUAGAAAAAGAAAUGGAGAUGAAAAAAGAAGGAGAUUACUACCAAAACUAUGUAAUAAAAAAUGAGUACAUAGAAGAGAAAAAAAAUAAAGAAAAAGAAAAUAAAAAAAAUUUAGAAGAAUAUAUUUUUAAACAAGGCAAUUUGUAUGAUAAUGAGUACAAAGUAUAUGAAAAUGAAGAAGAUAUAUAUAGGGGAAAGCAACCAGAUUUAGAUCAUAAAGAAAAAAAAGCUGAAACAAAAAAUAUAAAAGAAAAGAUGAUGUUAAAUAAAAAAAAAAGAUGUAAAGAAAAAGAAUCAAAAACACAAUAUAAAAUAGACGAUAAAGAAAUUGAUGAUGGCAAUGAAAAAUAUAAUAAGGAAGAUGAAGAAGAAGAAGAAGAAGAAGAAGAAGAAGAAGAAGAAGAAGAAGAAGAAGAAGAAGAAGAAGAAGAAGAAGAAGAAGAGGAUGAAGAUGGCGAUGAAGAAAAAGAAAAUUAUGUAGAAGAAGAAGAUAAUGAUAAUGAUGAUGAAGACGAAGAUGAUGACAAGGAAGAAAAUGAGGAAGAAUAUGAAGAGGAAGAAGAGGAAGAUGAGGAUGAAAAUGAUAAUAAAAGUAAUAAUGGUAAAAAAAAUGGCGAUAAAAAUGAUUAUAUUGAUGAGAAGCAUUCAAAGGAAGAAGAGACAGAAGAAUAUAGAAGUAUUGAAAUAGGUGAAAAUAAAUAUAAAAGAUAUGAUAAAAAAGGAAGUAAUAGAAAUGAAAAGAAGUCAGAAAAUUAUUAUAAUGAAAAUUAUGGAAAAAAUAAAUUUUUCUCAGCUAAAAAUAAAAUUAAAAAAAAGAAAAAAAAAAAAAGAAAAAAGAAAAAUAAUUUUGAUAUUCUAGAUUUUGUUUCUUUAAAUAAAUAUAUUGAUGAAAAUAAUUUAAAGGAAGAUAGCUAUAUGUUCAUAGCCAUAAAUGAAGAAAUUUUUAAUAAAGAAAAGGAAAAAAACUACGAAAAGUUUCAAGAUUUCUGUAAAAAUGAUACUAUUGUAAUAAAUAAAAAAGAACAAUAUAAUAUAAAGAUAAAUAUGACUGUGAAUGUAAAUUUUAAGUUUUUCAAUUUAAAUUCAUAUUAUAAUAAAACGUAUUUUAAAAAAGAUGAAAAUUUACUUAUAACAUUACAAAAUUAUACUAAAGGUAAUACAUGGUUUCCUACAUUAUCUAAAUUUGACAGCGUGUAUUCAAGAUGUUCAUGGCUAUGCAUAUAUAAAAUUGCUAAGCCUUAUUUUGUUAUAUCAUCAAACAGCUUGAUAAAUAUUUAUGAAAUGUUUGAUAAGAAUUGCUUUGUUUAUAAGACUACUAAUAAACAAAGUAAACUUUUUCCUGAACAAAUUGGGCUAUUUGCUGGUAAUUUUAAUUUCUUACAUUUAAACAAUUUAAAUUUUAAGGAUUUUCAAAAAAUUGAUUAUGAUUUUUUAUACAAAAGCGAGUUUUUUUCUAAAAAUAGUAAAAUAUAUUCCAGUGAACAAUUUAAUAAAUCAAAAAAUAAAAAUAGUCCCAAUAAAAAUAAUUCUGAUAUGUUGAAAAACGAAAAAAUUAGUCAUAGUGAAAGCUUUAAGAAAAAUACAAAUACUCCUUUAAAAAGAAAAUAUUCUUAUAUAAACAAUUUAAGUAAUGAUUAUUGUAGAGAUUUCGAUGGUAGUGAUGAUGAUGAAGAUGAAGAUGAAAAUGAAAAAAAAAAAAAAAAAAAAAACAUGCUAUUGAAUGAAAAUGAUAUGGAAAACAAAAAUAAUUAUGAAUUAGAAGAAAAUUGUAAUAGCAUUAGCACAUCAUACGAUUAUCUUAUAAAAAAUGAUAUAAAAGAAGAAAAAUAUAAUUAUUAUGAAAAAAUAAACAAUAAAAUUGUUCCAAAUAUAUUUGUAUUUUCUCAAAAAAAUUAUGAAAGUGAAUUAGUUUAUUCCAAUCUUCAUAUAGGUCAUAUAUUAAAAUACUUUUUUGAUAUUAGUAAAGAAAGCUUUCCUUAUGAUAACUUAAUAAUAUUAUUUAUUCCUUUAAAUUUUUCUAAUUUAGAUAAAUAUUAUAAUUCAGAAAAUAUAGAAUGUUCUAUUAAUUCUCAUAUUUAUGAUGAUGUUAAAAAUGGAUAUAAUUUAUUUUCAAAUAGCAAUAUAUUGAAUUAUAAAAUAACUGAACCUUAUAUAUAUUUAAAAAAUAAUAAAUAUUUUAUAUUCGGAAAUGUUAUUGUAUUUUCAACUCAAAUUUUACAUAAUAUAUAUGAUGUGCUAUUUAGUAUAAAUAUAUAUAGUUACAAAAUGAUAAUAGCCGAAGGUAUUAUAUCCUUAUGGUUUGGUUAUUAUGUUAAUUCGCUAAAAAAUGAAAAUAUUUAUUUUAUAUAUAUGCUUAAAUGUUUUGCUUUACAAAAAUAUAUUGAAAAUAUGUUUGGUAUAAUUGAAUUGAAUGCUAUUUUUUAUGAAUUACGAGAAAGGUAUUGUUCAUUGGUGGAAAUGUACGGAGAUGUUAAUUUAUUUCAUUAUUAUGAAAAAGAUAAAAAUAAUACAUCAGAAAAAUUUAUUAGUCAUUAUAUAUUUAAUAAUUUAUUUUUUCUUAAAUGCUUUUUAUGUGUGAGAAUAUUUUUUAAUAUCCUUAAGAACUUCUCUUUUUGCAAUUCAAUUCAUCAAUAUUGCUUUUCACUAUUCUUCUCUUAUUUCAAAAAUAAGAAAAAAGUAAUACAGUCUACAAAAUUCUGGAAAAAGGUUUUUAAUGAAUGUACAAGAAGAUAUAUAGAAAAUUACAAGCAAAUACCAAAAAAUAAAUUUAAAAUGAAAAAAAUAGACCUAAAUAUAAAUAUGAGCGAGUUAAGAAAUGAGGAACACGAACAAUAUCAAUUAUUUGAAAAAUAUUUUUAUUAUUUUUUUAAAACAUAUAUUAAAGGAUAUGGUGUUUGCCAAUAUAUUUUAACAUUUAAUGUUCACUUACAAAGAAAAGGAACCUCAAUGGACAGUUUUAAUUUUUUGAUUAGCCAAAAUUCUAUAAACCCAUUUUCCUUUGUUGAUGAAAAUUUUUAUUCAAAUUACUUUCUUUCUGAUAUUUCUUCAAUGACAGUUUAUGACUUGUUAGAAUUGAAUAAAUACAUUGAUUUAAAAAAUAAUAAUGAUUCUAAUAGAGACCAAAAAAUGAAUAAACAUUUAGAUAAAAUAUAUUUUGAAAAAUUAUUUGAAAUACCAUAUAUUAAUGAUUUUUUCAACAUCGAAGAAAACUUUUUGUUAUUUUUAAAAAAAAGUUUUUGUCAAAUAGAUCAUUUUUUUGAAUAUUCCGAAGAAGAAUUUAGUAAAAGGUACGUAAAAUAUAUAAAAAAAUAUAUUGUAAAGAAGAACAAAAAUUAUUUCUUAAUAAAGGACAAAAUGAAAAAAAAAAGUAAUACGAAGUGUACAUUUACAAAUAAAAUUAAUAGUAUAAAAAGUAGAAAAAAUAUUAAUAAAGAAAUGAAUAUUAAUGAAACAGAUAUUGAUGCAGAUAUAAAAAGUGAUUCUAAUAUCCAAAAUAGUGAUACUGAUCAUAACAAUAUGAUUAUCAAUAGAAGAGAAAAUAAUUUAGAAUAUAUCCCAUUUGAAGAAAGAAAUAUGAAAGAUAAUUUUCAUAAUGAUAAAAAAGACAGUGUAAAGGAAAGAAAUGUAUUCAUUGAAGAGAAGACAAAUCAAAAGAAAAAAGAAAAAAAAAGAAAGGUUCAGCUUGCUAAAAAAGAAAAAAUUUUUAAAAAAAAGAAAAAAAAUAUUAAAAAAGAUAUCCAGCACAAUAGGAAAUCAGUAGAAAUAAAAAAAGAAAAAUUACCAAAAUAUGUGAAAAUUAAUAAAAGUUAUAUAUUAAAAAAAAAAAAAGAGUUAAUUAAUUUGCCAUAUUCUAAUUUUGACAGUCUAGAUUUAAUUGGAAGAGAUGGAAAUUUUUACUUAGGUUUUGGUUAUGUAGGAUCUGAGGAUUUAACAUUAAGUACAGGAAGAGGGAAUUUAUAUAAUAAUAUAAUUGCUUUUCAGAAAUUGAAAAAUUGUAAUUUACAAAAAUUAAGUGAAUUAUGUAUAGACAAACAUAAUAUUUAUGAAUAUAAUACAUCUCCUUUUUACACUGAUUGUAUAUAUCCCCAAUGGAAAAUUAUUUUUCGUUUAUAUUAUUAUUUACAGUUAUUGAAUAAAAUUUACAAAAAAAAAAAAAUAAUAAAUAGAUGUAACAUAUUAAAACUAAAAAAUAAUGAAAUAGAUAUUUUUAAUGAUGAUAAAGAAAAAAGUUUAUAUGAAUUAAAGAAAAAGGAUAAGAAAAAAAAGAAAAAAAAAAGUAAAAUAAGAAAAGAUAAAAGAAAUAAAAAAAAUGAAAUAAAUGAAGAUAAUAAUGAUAUUGACAAUGGUUUUCUUUCUUCUUAUACCAAAGACAAUUGUAGCCAAUAUAAUUCAUAUCAGAAUAAAUGCUUAUAUAAUACAGAAAAUAUAUUAAUAGAUGAAAAAAAAAAAAAAGAUAUAAAUAUGAUUGAAAAUAUUACUUAUGAAGAUGAAAAAAGUGAAACAAGCAAAUUUUUUGAUAAUAAAGAAAGACAUGAAGAAUAUGAUAAGAAAAGCAACGAAGAAUGUGGAGAACAUAAGUAUGAGGAAUAUGAUGAGAACAUUUAUAAUAAAUAUGAUAGUGAAACAGAAAAAUUGAAGAAUAAGAAAAAAAAAAGAAAGAAAAAGAAAAAAAAGAAAAAAGAAAAAAAAAAUAUAAAGGAUAUAUUAAAUAAUAAAAAAUAUAUAGAGAGUUAUUUAAAUCCUUAUGUUUCAAACAAUAUUCCUUCAUCUGUUGAUGAAAACAAGUUUUUUUUCUGUCAUUUAAAAAUAGAAAUAAUUGAGGAUGAUGGAGUAAGAAUUGUUAAAAAAAAUUUAAUAAAUAACAUAACACCAACAAGAUUUAGUGUAAAUGCUAGGCCAGAAAAAGGAAGAAAAAAAGUUGCUUUUAAACAUGAAGCAUUUAUUAAUAAAAGUGAAGAAUAUAUAAGCAAAAAUUCUCUUGAUAUUCCAAAUAAUUUUAUUAAUAAAAAUGUAAAGUUUGUAGGGAUUACUAAUGAUAGUGAUAAAUAUAUGAUUGAAUACUGCAAACAAAAAAUUAUAAAAAAAGAUAAAUCCUUAUUAUGUUUAGAUAACAGAAAACUAGUUGCAAAAAUUUGUAGCAAAAGUAAAAUACCUAUAUUAUGGAUAAGAGUAGAUAAUGAUUUUUUUAUUCUAGGCAGAAUAAGAAGAUCUCAAAGUAUAAGUAUGUGGAUACAACAAUUAUUUAAUGACAAUAAUAUUUUUUCUCAGUUAGAAUCUUCUUUUGCACUAGCAUUUAUCCCUUUUUUUUAUUUAAAUAAAAAAUUUUCCACUAAUUUUAGCGAAUAUAAAAAUAAUGACAAUUCUCAAAAUGAUAAUAAUAAAGAGAAUAUUGGAGAAUCUUCUAUACAUUUUAUAAAAUCAGUUUUAAAUAAAAAUAAAAUAAAAAACAAAAAAAGCAAUUUAAAUUUUAAUAAUAUAAACACGAACAUUUCUUCUAAUGAUGCUUUAAAUAACGAUAUAUUAAAUGAUAGUUUUAAUUUUCAGGAUGAAACUACUAAAAGACAUUUAUUAAAUAAUGACAAUAGUUCUUUAAUUCCAGAGAAAAAAAUUAAUACUAAGAAAAUCUCAAAAAAGAUGUUGAAUAAUAUCAUUGAUUCUAAUUUUAUCGAUCAGAAUCAUUUAGAAAUUAAUAAUGAUAAAGAAAAAUUAAUUAGCAAUUUACAAAAUGAUUUGCAAAGUGAUUUAUUAAAAGAUGGAAAUCUAAGCAGUCAAACUAGUAGUUCAGCAAGUGAAUCUGAUAGUUAUUUUUGUAAUUUAACAACAUCAACUAUUGAUGAUUUUAAUGAAGAAUAUAAUGAUUCAUUACAAAACUACUCUACUACUAAUAAUAAAAAAAUAAUUUAUAAAAAAAGAUGGAGAAGUAAUCUAUCAGUUACUAAUAUACCAAUAAAUGUCGAAGUUAUAAAAUGCUUGUAUAAAUCUAUUACUUGUAAUUAUUUGCAUUAUUUAGUUAAAAUUAGGUGUAUUUAUUCUUUAUGCUUUAUUCAUAACAAGUAUUUGUGCACUCAAAAAAUUAUACAAAAUUUAUUUUGUGAAUAUUUAAGUUACUUUUACGGAAAUAAUUUAAAUCAAAAAAAAUUUAUGCAUGCCUUUUAUAUUGCUAUGUCACUUUUAAGAAAUAAAUGUAAUAGAACACCUAAAAUAAUUAUAUUUUUAUUAACUCAGAAAUUUGCAAAUUUUGUAUUUUCAUUAAAUUUAGAUGAUAAAUAUAAAAUUAAUAAGGAAUUGGAAGAUGACGAGGAAAAACAAAUUGAACAAAGUUACAAUUUUUAUAAUAAAAAUGAUGUUAUAUGUAACAAAGCUACUCAUACAAACGUUCCAUAUAGCUAUUAUUCUUCUAAUAUAAAUGCGCAAUCACCUUCCUUAAAUGAAUCUAAAAAUAGAAAUAAAAUAAAUUGUGAACACAAUUUAAACAGUAAUGAUGAAAAAAGUGAUUUAGCAAAUGAUAAUAAAGAUAUUUUAAAUAAUUAUUUGAUUAACAAGGAAGAACAAAAAUAUAUAAAAACAGAAAACUCGCAAGAUCUUGUAAAUCCAAACGAUACAAAAAAUAGUUCAAUAAAAAUUAAUGAUACAGAUUCAUGUCAUAAUCAGAAAAAUUUCACAAAUUUAGAAAAUAUUGAUAACAAUAAGAUAAAGAAAAAUGAUCAUAUUAGUGAAAACAGUAGUAUAGAUUUAAAUGAGUAUUUAAAAGAUAACAAAAAAAAAAGUGUUUCUAUAAGUAGUUACACAGAAAACAGUGAAGAAUUUAUAAAUAAUAAUAAUGUGAUAAAUAAAAUUAUUAAAAUAACAAAUGAAUAUUCUAAUGAUACUAAUAAUUUCUCAUAUGAUAAUAAUAGUAAUAAUGAUUAUUUAAGUAAUAACAAAUUGGAAAAAAAAACAGCAUUAAAAAAAAAAAAAGAUAUAUAUGAAAAAGAGGCAAUCAUUCAAAUAGAAGAAGAAGAGGAUAUUAAAAUGGUUUUAGAGUGUUUAGGAAAUAUUAAAUUUAAGAAAAGAAAUAUUUAUAAAAAUUUUAAUAAUAUGCCUGAAUUAAUAAAUUAUUAUAAAACAAAUAAUAAAGAAAAUUUAUUUUAUAAAUAUUUCUCUACUUUGACGAGCAAGAAUGGCAAUAAUAAAAAAAAAAAAAAAAAAAAAAAUUAUGAUACAUAUGAUUACUAUGAUAUAAAUAUAUAUGAUAAAAAAAAAUUAGAAAAUCAUUUUUUAAAAUUAAAAAAAACAAAAAAAGAAUAUGUUGAAGAUCUAAUAAAUUUGAUAUUUAUAAUUUACCAAUUAAAAAAGAUGUCUCCUUAUAUAAAUAUUUCUGAUUGGAUCAUCAUUAUUUUAAUUAGAACUAUUAGUAGAAAUAAAAAUAUAUUGGAUAGCUUUAAAAAGAAGUUAUAUUUUGAAAAUAAAGAAUAUUUUGAUUUAUGUAAUUAUAUACCAAAUUUCUUUUUUUCAUCAAAAAUAUAUCCUUUUAUUUCUUUAAAAAAUUCUUCUUUUUUUUUUGUUGAAAUUUUAAGAGCUCUUCUUCAUUUAAUUUUAGAGGGAAGUAUUAGAAUUUAUCAAAUUUUUUACAGAAGUACAAAAGAAAAUUUAAAAGAAAAAAAUUGUAUUUUUCUUAAUAAAAAUUACCAAAAAAAUAAUACAUUAGACAUAAUAAACAAGAAAAUUUCUAAUAUUGCUUGCGAAGAAAUAAAGGAAAAUGAUAUGAAUGAAUCAAAUAAAUUUACAAAUAAAAAUUAUGAAGAGAAACUUGAAUCAUUUAAUAGUGAUAAAAAUGAUAAUUAUUUUUUUAUAUCUACUUAUACUAACUACGUAGAACAAAAAAUGAUAUGUAGCCAUUUGUUGAACAUAUACAGUACUUUAGAAUUUUGUGAUAAAAUUAUUAGCAAAUUUCAGGAUUGCCAAUUAGAAAUGCAAAUAUGGAAUAAUUUGUAUCAAAUUCUUUUGAUAUUCCAGCAAAAAUAUCCUUUUUUCUAUUUACCAUUCUCAAAAAAUUUCGAUAAAUAUUUUAAAGAAUAUCAAAAAAGAAACUUUACUAUCUUUGAAUUUUAUUAUUUAUUAUACGGUCUGAAUAAAAUUAACGAAUAUGAAAAGAAUAAUUUAGGGAUAUCAAGAACAAACUUAUUUGAUAACAAUAAUGAUUAUGCUAUUUUUAAUGAUUUUAAUAUUCAGAAUAUUUUCAAUACCAAAAACAAUAGUAACUUCUUAUAUGCUUUAAAGAAUAAAUCAUUUGAAAUUUAUAAAUAUAAUGUAUUGGGUUAUGUAAAAUUAGUAAACGUUUUGAAAUCGAUCAAAAAUCCAAAUAAAUUAAGAAAAAACUUUAUACAAAUAACUUACAUAAAAUAUUUAGUUAAAUAUAUUCAUAAUUUUUUACGAAAAUUAAUUAUUAAUAUAUCAAUUACAAACACAAAUUAUUUUAAAAAUUCAAUCUUAUUUGAUUUAAGAAAUAUAUUUUUAUUUUUUUACGGGUAUGGUAUCCCACCUUUCAACUUAAAAAAAAAAAACACUAAAGUUUAUAAGCCCCACUAUUCUCAAUUAAGUAAUAUCACAAGUAGAGGUGUACAAAUAAAUGACUUAAUAAAAUUUUUACGAACAUAUUAUGAUAACAAUAAAUUACUAGAAUGGAAAAAGGUUGCAUCAGAAUUUGUAAAUAUUUUGAAACAUAUGAAAGAACUCGAAUUAUUCAUAGAUAGUCCAACUGUAUCAUUACAUAAUUACAAUUUUGUUAAGGAAAAUACAUGGUUAACAUUGAUAAGUGCGAAAUUAAGGAAUGAUAUUUAUAAAUUGCCAAUGGAUUUGAAAAGAGAUAUAAUUCUUUUAUUAAAAAAUAUUCGAUCAGUUGAUAUGUGUUCAGGAACGAACCAUUAUGAAUAUGUUAAUAAUAUUUUUACAGUAUGCUGGUUUAUAAUUGUUAAAAUAUUUCAAAAUUAUGAAAAAAGUAAAAGAAAUACUUAA